AUUACACACGCUCUAGCUAAUUAAUUUUGCUGCAAAGAGUUUUGAACUACAAAUUUGUCGUCAUUUAGUUGCAAAAUCGGCAUUAAAAUACUCGUGCGGUGUGCGAAAUCUUUAUUCCGGCAUAGAACGACGGGCAAUUAGUGUUUUUCUAUCAGAAUUUAUACUUAUUUACUAGUGCUUGAAUAUUGAUUUUCCUAUCGCGGCUCGCGGAGCUGCACUUGAAAAUUUUCCUUGCGAGAAGCCAACAAGAGCCUCUAAAAAUACACAUCAAUAGUGUAUUCGUUGGCAGUAUUUGUCAAAAUCCGCUGAUAAACGUUUUGUUGCUGCAAAGUAUGCUCAACUAUUGCCUCGGGAAUAGUUAAGUGAAUCGAAAAUGUACAACGGAAUCGGGCUGACGACUCCCCGCGGGUCCGGCACCAAUGGUCACGUACAGCGUAAUGUUGCCUUCGUCCGACCGGGCAAGAAGGACAGUGUCAACUACCGGACCGAGGACGAUUUGGCUAAGCUGGAUGCACAGUCCAACCGGCAGCCCAACCAGGGCAUUCUGGAUCACGAACGGAAGCGCAAGAUCGAGGUGAAAUGUGCCGAACUGGAGGAAGUGCUGGAGAGCCAAGGGCUUGGCCAGGAGGAAGUUCGUGCCAAAGUGGAACUGUACCGAUCCAAACUGAUGAACCAAGGAACGUCGAUGGAACUACCGAAGGAUGAUUAUGGACGAUUACUCGUUCGCGAAACUCACCACAUCGCACAGGCCCAGCAGGAGAAAAACGCAAAACUAAGGGAAGCGUUCGGGAUCUCCGAGUAUUUCGUCGAAGGUACCAGCUUCGACCAGGACCGGAAGGCCAAGGAGGACCAGGCCAAAUCGGAAGCGCUGCAGAAGGAACUGGCGGAGAAGGAGCGGUCCCGUGAAGCGGAGAAAGCAUCCCGAAAGCGGUAUGCCCUCGUCAGGACUCCUUCGCCGGAGAAACCAUCGGCGUCUGCGUCGACAGCGACGGCUGAAGCCAAUGGCAAAGGCCACCAUCGGAAGCGAGCGGCGCGGGAUGAUGACGAACGCGGAGGAGAGGAUGGUGAGGUAGACAGUCGACGUCGUCGUGAGGACGUAGAUGAUGAUGAAUUGCUAGACGGUGGGCGGAGAGAUGAUAAGAAAAAACGCAAGAAGAAGAAUCGCGAUACGUCAUCAAGUCCUGAGCGUAAAAAGGAAAAGAAGAAGAAGUCCAAGAAAAACAGGAAAGACAGAUCGAAGAAGAAACACUCAAAACGAUCGGGACACCAUCGAGACGACAGUGAGGAUUCGGACUCGGACUCAGCCAGUUCCGGCGAGGACUCGGAUCACUCCGACCGUGAGGGGGAAAAGCGCCAUCGGAAAUCCUCCCGUAAAGACAAGAAAAAGAAAUCUUCUAAAAAGAAGCGAGCUAGGUCACAGUCUCAAUCGCAUGAUAGUUCUUCAUACAAGCAUCCGGAACGUAGUAAUGACAAAAGCGGUAAUGCAAGAGAAAGAGAUCGUCAAGAAGGUUCGAGUCUUAGCCGAGCUCGAAGUGAUCGUCGACAGCAUGAGGAAAGAGAUUCUCACUAUCCACCACAGAAGCAACGUGAACGAAACGACCAUGGUGGUGAACGUGGUAGCAGAGUAGAUCGUUCCGCAAAAGUUAGCGAUCGUGGCGAACGAAGAAGUCGCUCCCGAAAUCGUCGCCCACAUAGAUCUAUCGAUAGAGCUAGAUCACGGUCAAGAUCUGCUUCAAAGGAAAGAGAUCGAUCUUCAUCAACAUCUAGGGCACGUGAAAGACGUGGAAAGUCAUACGAAAGAUAUACUAGAGAUGCAGAUAGAUCGAAAGACAAAAGAAAGGAGAAAUCGCCACCGAAGAAGUCAGAAAGUGAUAGAAAUAAGGGCAGAAAUAAGUCUCGAUCACGUUCAAGAACACCUACCAAAAGACGAGAAGAAAUGAAGACAAGAGAUCGGGUGCGCGAACGUAGCAGAUCAAGAAGCUCGCCAAGAGGUGAAACUAAAUCAAAAGAAAAACGUAGAAACCGCUCCAGAUCAACCAGUAGGAAAAGAUUGGAAACAAAAUCAAAUGAAAAGCGCCGUGAACCGUCGCCUUCCACGAGUCGUCAACGAAACAGGUCUGCUUCCAAAGAAAGGAACCGAAACAAAUCAAAAGAUCGUAAAGAAAAUAAGAAACGUGAUUCUUCACCGGAAGACCGGAAGAGACAACGAAGUAUUACUCCUGCUAGAAAGCCGAGUGUAUCCCCAGCAAAACCACGCAAGGAAUACGAAUCCGAUAAGAAAGCACGCAGUCGUACUCCACGACGCAAAGAGCGUCCAAGAUCGCCAACAGGCAACAGAAGAGCGCGAUCCAAAUCAACCUCCAACAGUCACAGGGAACGUUCGUCGAAAAAUCGCAGAGAAAAAUCCCAGUCUCCAAUUGAGAAACGAAAGCAUCGUUCAAAGUCGCCAGAUAACAAACGAAAGAAACGAUCAGAGUCCCCGAUCGAGCAGAAAUCUAAACAUGCAAAGCCAUCAGACAAAACUAGAAAAUCUUCCCCGGAUAUCGCCAAAAACAAGAAAAGAACCCUUUCUAAAUCACCAACAAGCAAUAAAAUGCGGGGAAAUCCAGCACCCGCUGAAAAACAUAAGCCUAAUCGCUCUAGAACACCUAACCAUAGAUCAGCCUCGAGGACUCCACCGAGUAAGAAACGAGGUCAUUCACCAAGUCCGCAAAAACCACAGUCGCAAGCUAACCGAUCGCUCACACCGAGUGAUAAGAAGCAGCCCAAGAUGCCGGAACCGAAGCAAUCUAAGAAUGCCCGUAGUCGGUCGUCAUCGGAGCGUUCUUCAGGAUCCUCCACGUCGUCGGAUCUCAGUUAUUCACCAGCACAGCGAGACCCCGACAGAUACCGGGACAUACUUGAUAAGCUAUCGAAGCAAAAAGAGACUAAAACUUCUCGGUCUCCUUCUAAGGGAAAGCAUAACUCGUCGUCUUCCCGCUCAUCCCAUUCUCCAGUGCAAGUAGCAAAACAAUGCAGUCCUCCACCGAGCCACUCGCAACAAAAACAACCCCGGAAUUGCACCCCAUCGCCACCACCGGUGGUGAUCCGGCAAGAAACCGUUUCACCGUCAAGGUCUCCAUCGAGGAAACGUGAGCAUGGAACACCGCCCUUGAUAAAUGCACAACCAACCACCAGCAAAAAAACAAAAGCUCGAUCUCGCUCACCACCGGCGAUAAAGAGACGUAAGGAUGGCACACCUCCCCCAAUUCCGUCGAAAUCGAGCGAUUUUAGACGAUCGCCUCCCAAACCGAUCCGAGAACCGACCCCUCCAAAGCACAGUGAACCGGAUUAUGGCAACCGGGCACGCACGCCCUCUCCAGAGGCGCCGAGACGAACUAAAAGCAAGUCUCCGAAACAUUCACCCGCAAGCGAUAAACCUAAAUCAGCCAAAAAGUCGAAAAAGAAACCACCGCAGGUGGUCCAACCAGUUGUAAAGCUGCAAUCGCCUGCUUCAUCUUCGUCAGACUCGGACUCCGACUCACCUGAUCAGCCCAAUAAAUCCGGCAAGAAAGAUAGGUCCGACCAUUUGGAUGCGUUCCUACCGUCCUACGGGGACAAUCGGGAAGACAAAGACCUGUGCUUACUGAAAGCCCUAAAGAACGAUCUAGCCGCCAAAGCUAAGCAAUGUUUGGAAAAGAAAAAAUCCGUCUCGGAAAUGUCCAGCAAGGGUGAUCCGUCGGAGGUUGGCUUGCCACGGCUGGGCGAAAGUCGCGAACGCAGUAUUCAGAUUCAGCAAGCCAGAACCGCCGCCAAUCUGGCGGCUGUCCACACGGUUAGUGGUGGCAGUGGUAGGGGAAUCGAGUUCAGUACCGAACCACCAGUUGCGCAUACACAGGAACCGUCCAAAAAGAAGGACUCUCCGAUUCACAGUAACAGCAGCCACAGCGGUACCAGCAGUAGCAGCGGUACCGUCGAAGCAAGCAGCAGCAGCUGUCUCAAUACCAGUCAGAUCAAGAAAGAUAUUCACGAUAUUUUAACUACUGUCAGUGCAUGCCGAAUGGAGGACAACAAGAGCAACAGCGUUGCCGUUAGUCUGGCCAAAAGUACGAUCUUAAGUGCGGUCGACAGCAUUUUGAAGGAGAAAAUAUCCGGCGCUCUUGAUGCGGCGGCAGCAAACACAAGAAAGUCUCGCAGUACGUCCAAAUCAAGGUCCAGAUCAAGAUCCAGAUCCCAUAGAUCCCGCAGCUACAGUAGCUCCAGUUCCAGUUCUCGCAGUUCCCGAUCGCGCAGUCGCUCGUCUCGGUCACGCUCGCGGUCCAGCCGCGACAGCAGCCACUCUCGCUCGCACAGCAGCACGUCCCGCUCGCGGUCCAGAACUCCGCCCCCGCGUCGUUCUCGCUCGCCAUCAAUACCCCGGCGAGCCGGUUCACCCAGUUUCCUCGACAGGCGCCGAAUCACCAGCUCGAGAACGCGUAAAUCGCGCGGUAGAUCCAGCAGUAGCUCUAGCUAUAGUAGCCGAUCGAGUAGUUCCGAUCGUUCCGCACGGAGGCGAAGGCGAAGAUAGGUCAAUCGAUUUAUCGCGCUAGAUUUCUUCAUUAAUUGAUGCGCUUGUCUAAGCACUUUACUACGUUUUCACAACAUGCGAAACGUUGUCAUAAGUUUUUUCAGUUCCAUUCACGUUUUGACGGAGUGCUGGUUGUGUUGAUUGUAGAAUUAUCUUCAGUUUAUUUCUAAGUUCAAACUAUAUUUUGUAUCACUGAAUGAAGGCUUGGAAAU